GACAUCAUUCGCGCGGAGAGGGGGGGAAGUUUGAUCCUCGUUCUCACGGAUCCCUCUAACGGGAGUUUACUCUCCCCCGCUCCCUGAGCCCGGGACUACUCAUCUGCGCUCGAAACUUUUCUCUUUUUUUCCUUUUAGGCUAAGAAUUAGAGCUUCGCGUUCCGUGCACAGGCUGAGUCCCGCUUUUCGUCGCUCGCGUUUGUUGAACUUCACUCCGCUAACCUGGGGUUUCCAAUCUCUUUCCUCCUCCUCCUCCUUCUCCUCCUCUUUCUCCUUCCAUUGCUUUUGUCACUCGAGCCCGAAUGACGAUGCUCCUCGAUAGCGGUCCGCAGUUCCCGUCGUUAGGAGUGGGAGGCUUCGGCACGCCGAGGCACCAUGAGCUGGGCAACCGCGACCCUGGCCUGGGGCUGGGCCCCUUCGGCGACUCCUCGGCGCACUCAGCGGCGUUUAAGAUCAGCCCUGUGGCCCACGACAUCGCCUCCAGCCAGACGUCCGCGUUCACGCCGCAGGCCAGCGGCUACGCGGCCGCGCUCGGCCACCACCAUCAUCACCACCACCACCACCCCGGCGGCCAGGUGGGCUCGUACGGCGGCGCCGCCUUCAACUCCACGCGGGACUUUCUGUUCAGGAACCGGGGCGCCGGCAUCGGCGAGACGGCAGCGGCGGCCACGAGCGCACAGCACGGGAUCUUCGCCGCGUCGGCCGGCAGUCUGCACGCGCCGCCCGGGAUCUCGGACAACGCGGGCCAUCUGCUCUUCCCGGGGCUGCACGAGCAGAGCGUGGGGCACGCGUCGCCCGGCGGACAUGUCGUGAACGGACAGAUGCACUUGGGCUUGCGCCCGGGGGACCUUUUUGGGCGGCCCGACCCGUACCGGCCCGUGGCGAGCCCGCGCGCCGACCCGUACGGCGCCGCGCCGCUGCACAACUACAACCACGCCAUCAACGUGAACGUGGGCAUGAACGUGCCCGCGCACCACGGCCCGGGCGCCUUCUUCCGCUACAUGCGGCAGCCCAUAAAGCAAGAGCUGUCCUGCAAGUGGAUAGACGAGAACCAGCUGAACAGGCCCAAAAAAACGUGUGACAGGACUUUCAGCACCAUGCACGAAAUGGUCACGCACGUGUCCAUGGAGCACGUCGGCGGACCCGAGCAGAGCAACCACAUCUGCUACUGGGAGGACUGUCCGAGAGAGGGGAAAUCCUUUAAGGCCAAAUACAAACUCGUGAACCACAUCCGAGUGCACACUGGAGAGAAACCCUUCCCCUGUCCGUUCCCCGGCUGCGGGAAAAUAUUCGCGAGGUCGGAAAAUUUGAAAAUUCACAAGAGAACUCAUACAGGCGAGAAGCCGUUUAAGUGCGAGUUCGAUGGCUGCGACAGGCGCUUUGCAAACAGCAGCGACAGGAAAAAGCACAUGCACGUGCACACGUCGGACAAGCCAUACAUCUGCAAAGUGUGCGACAAGUCCUACACGCACCCAAGCUCUCUCAGGAAACACAUGAAGGUACACGAGUCCCAAGGCUCAGAGUCGUCUCCAGCUGCCAGCUCGGGCUACGAGUCCUCCACGCCACCGGUCCUGGUGUCAGCCAGCACGGAGGACCCCACCAAAACCCCCCCGUCCGCCGUACAGAGCGCAGCAGCAGCAGCAGCACACAGCGAAGGACUGGCGCCCAACUUCAACGAAUGGUACGUUUGAAGCUAUAGGCGCAGAACUCUUACUGCGGACCAAAAGGUUAAAGAAACCUUAAAACAAAAUAAACAACAGCAGCAGCAACGACUACAACAACAACAACCACCAUUCACACCACGGUGAACAAAAUGGCAAUGGAAGAACGUGAAGAGAGAUGAGAGUUCGCCAACAGGCCUCGUCCAUUCUCAGGAUUCCAAAAUCAGACUCUUAUUCCGAGUGCGAAGAAAUGAAAGAAAAAAAAACAUUAAUAAUACAAAAAACUACUACACUUUCUAAGAAA